AUUAUCUCAAUUAUUAUUCUUGCCAGAAAUAUAAUAUGGAUAGAUCAUUUUCUCAUAAAAUGAUUGUGAUCUUUUUGGUGAUUUUGCUUUACACGAGAGUUGUUAGCACAGAAUCAUCAUCAUCAUCAUCAAGUAGCAAUAAUAUGAUGAUGAUGAUGAUAAGGUGUAAAGACGUUGAAAGAGAAGCACUCCUCAAGUUUAAGCAAGAUCUGAAUGCCGAUACCCUUCUUUCUUCUUGGGGGAGUGAAGAACACAAAAGAGAGUGUUGCGACUGGAUCGGAAUUCGUUGCCACAAUAAAUCUGGUCAUGUCAUCAGCCUUGAUAUUUCUCCUUCAACUUUUAGUUUUGAAGAUAUUACAGAAUAUCGUAUGACUAAGUCACAUGAUCCAGGUAAUAAAUAUGCUAUAAGUUCUUUAUUACUUGAGUUACAAAAUUUGAGAUAUUUGUGCCUUAGUCUCAUGAAUUUGGAAGUUCAGUUCCCAAGUUUUAUUGGUAAUCCCCCCAAAUUACAAUACCUUGAUCUUUCUUCCAAUUCUUUGAGUGGAGAAAUUCCCCCUCAAUUUGGAAACCUUACUAGCUUGCAGUAUCUUGAUCUUAGCUAUAAUUAUGAUUUGAUUAUAAAAAAUCUGGAUUGGGUUUCUACCCUUUCUUCUUUAAGACAUCUUGACUUAAGUUAUACAGACUUAAGUGAAGUCAAAAACGUGUUCCAACCAAUAUUAUUAGGCAAUAAACUUCAUCACUUAACCAAUUUGAAGCUAAGAGCCUCCCAUCUUGGUGAAAUAUCACCUUCAUUUCAUUCUCAUGUGAACUCUUCAAAGUCUCUUUCCAUUCUUGAUCUUUCUGAGAAUGAUAUAUCUAUUCAUAUAUUCCAAUGGUUGUUUAGCUCCAUGCCCAACCUAGUCCAUCUUGAUUUUUCUCGUAACUCGUUAAGUUCAUUUCCACAAGAUUUUGGAAUUAAUUCUACAACAACUGCUUUACAACACCUUGAUCUUUCUUGGAAUCAAAUACAAGGUAUUAUUCCUAAUAGUUUUAAAACUACCAUGGUGUCACUCACAUAUCUUGACCUUAGCUAUAAUAAUUUAGAAAAUUCUAUUCUAAAUGAUUUUGGGAACUUGAGUACUUUCUUAGAACACCUUGAUCUUUCUCAUAACUCGUUAAGUUCAUUUCCACAAGAUUUUGGAAUUAAUGAUUUUGGGAACUUGACUGUCUUAAAACAUCUUGAUCUUAGCUAUAAUAAUCUCAGUGGUGAAAUUCCCAAAUCAUUUUGGAAUAUGUGUACACUACGAUCAUUUCAUGCCAGUGAUAACAAUCUUAGCGGAGCACUCCCUAAUCUUAGUGAAUUGUCGUUUAGGUCAUGUGCACAUUACUCUUUGGAGAAUUUGGAUUUAAGCUCCAAUCAAAUCACCACAAUGUUUGUCAAUGUUACACCACUCUCAUCUUUGAAAGAGCUCAGACUGGGCUCAAAUCGAUUGCAUGGACAAGUAGAAGAAAGUAUUGGCAAUUUAAGGCAUUUGGAGGUUUUGGAUCUAUCUAAAAACUCACUCGAAGGUGUGAUUUCUGAAGCAUUUUUCUCAAAGCUCUCGGGGUUGUAUCAUCUGGAUUUGUCACUUAAUAAACACCUGCAAUUGAAUGUCUCUCCUGACUGGAUUCCUCCCUUUCAUUUACAAUUUCUUGGGCUUCAGAAUUGUAAAAUGGGGUUUCAAUUUCCAAAGUGGCUAAAAACUCAAAACAAUCUCUCACAUAUAGAUAUUUCUAAUUCAGGAAUUUCACAAUCUAUUCCCAAAUGGUUUUGGAAUUUGACUGCUCCUUUAUCUAAUGUGAAUCUUUCUAACAACCAAAUCAGUGGGGCUAUAGUCUUGAAUGAUUAUUAUCCAUCAACAACGACAUUUCAGUUCGUUGAUUUGAGCUCAAAUCAUUUCGAUGGUCCAAUACCAAAUAUUUUAUUCAGAGCUCGAGCAUUAUUUCUUUCAAAAAACAAAUUUUCAAAUCUAAAUUCAAUAUGUAAUAAUGUUAGUUAUGAUUAUAAUUACUUUAACUUGGACUUUCUUGAUAUCUCUGAUAAUCAAUUGGUUGGAGAGCUUCCAAAAUGUUUUUCGAAACUCCAAGACUUACGAUUUCUCAUUUUGUCAAACAAUAAGUUAUCAGGAAAAAUUCCUAGUUCUCUUGGCAACUUGUUUUGGAUUACAUCAUUGCAUCUGAAUAACAACAAUUUUAUUGGAAAUUUGCCUUCAUCCAUGAAAAAUUGUAGAGACUUGUUUCUUCUUGAUGUGGGAAGAAAUAAUCUAGUGGGGCCAAUACCUUUGUGGAUAGGAGAAAAUCUUCAAAACCUUAAGAUUCUCAGCUUGAGAUCCAAUCAUUUUAAUGAAACCAUCCCCCAAAAUCUCUGUCAUUUGCUUAACCUUCAGGUGUUGGACUUUUCUCUAAAUAACAUCUCUGGAAGUAUACCGCACUGUAUUGGUAAUUUUUCAUCAAUGAAUAAUAAUGAAGAUGGGAACAACUUUGGUGUGAUAAGUUCUUAUAUUUAUAAUUCUCUUGGAGGUUUCUCUUAUGAUGAACAAAUUUUCUUGAUUUGGAAAGGAACUUUAUCUCAGUACAAAAAUACUCUUGGUCUAGUAAAGUUUAUCGAUCUAUCUAGCAACAAGCUAAUAGGUAAUAUCCCGAGAGAAAUCUUUGAACUUGAUGGUUUGGUGUCUUUGAACUUAUCAAGAAACAAUUUAAGUGGACAAAUUCCUACAGAGAUUGGCCAAUUGGUAUCUCUAGAUGCUCUUGAUUUGUCAAGAAACCAUUUUUUUGGGAAAAUUCCUUCAAGUCUUUCGAAAGUGGACCGUCUCAGCACAUUAGACUUAUCAUGGAAUAAUUUGUCUGGAAAAAUUCCAACAAGCCCUCAACUCCAAGCUCGAGAUGAAACCUCAUAUAUUGGGAAUCCUAAACUCUGUGGAUCCCCACUUCUUAAAAAAUGUCAACCAGCUCCUCCCCUUCAUCUUGGUGACGAACACAAAGAAAAUGAAGAUGAGCUCAUCACCAAAGGGUUUUUCAUCAGCUUAGGAGUUGGAUUUGUGGUUGGAUUUUGGGGGAUUUGUUUCACUUUGAUCUUCAACAAGUCUUUGAGAUACGCAUCUCUCAAGUUCUUGAAUGAUGUAGAAGAUUGGAUGUACGUAACGACAAGACUGAUAAGGAGAAAAUACUUCAACUAAUCAGAAGCUAAAAGGGGACAGGGGAUGUAGCACUUAUCAACUUCCCUUCAUAGAAUAAUUUGUAAGCUUAAUUAAGACUAUUUUCAAUAUUUGAUCAUGUAAUGGCUUUAUAGAAUAAUGUGUGUUUUUAGUUCUUUUGUUUGUAAUAUACUAUAUAUGCUCUUGUUAUAUUAAUUCUCAGUCAGUAUGCUAUAUAUAAUAAGUUUAUUUCUUCUAGCUUUUAAUUUUAAUUUCAUGUCAACACAUUUUAGUUUAAAGCGCUUUAAGAUUUAUAAAAAUAAAUUAACAGUAUUCUCUAGCCAACAAAUUAAUUUUGAAGUUAUUUAAGUACAAUAUUAUUUUUAAUAAUUAUAUAUAUGUGGUGCUCAUUGUAUAAUUAUUGGAAACAUAUGAACAUUGCCGAGGCGGCGAGGGAAGUUAGCUAGCUAGGCGCGUAAAGGAUGAACGUAAAGUGGUCCAUUCCCUUGCGAGCCUAACUUACCAUGGAAGUUACCAACAUUCUCACAAGAAGGAGUGAUAAUUUCUCUUACUCAUGUUCUUCACACACUAACUAUGUUAACCUGGCCUCUUCCCAACAACAACUACCUACUUUUUAAUCAAAUAUUUGUACACAUGUAAAGGUCUUUGAACCCAAACAUUAAACACUGUACAGAGAUACAACUUAUUAGAAUUAUUUUAUAUUAGUUAUGCCUAAAAAUUAUGUGCAAACUAAUGAUAUCA